AUGCUGAUUGACACCGAACUUCAUAACUUUCAAGUUAGAAUUCCAGAAACAUUUAGUCAUUACACCACACAAAAGCUCAUUGGAAAAGGUAGCUAUUCCGUUGUAGCUCAAGCGAUUGACAAUAAAACAAAUCAAGUUGUUGCUUGUAAAGUUGUCAGUCGAAAAGGUAUUACAGAAGCCGGAUAUUUCUAUCAAUUAGAAAAAGAACUCAGAGUACUCCAAAGCCUUAAUCACCCAAAUAUCGCCCAAAUCUAUGAAGUUGUUUAUUUAGAGGACAUAAUCAUUGUUGUUAUGGAAUAUUGUCCGAAUGGAGACUUGUUAGACUAUAUCACAAGCAAAAACGGCUUACACCCAACAGAAAUCACCGAAAUGCUCAAACAAAUUUUAUCUGCACUGGUUUAUUUACAUUCGAAGGGAAUUGCUCACAGAGAUCUCAAGCCAGAGAACAUAGUUCUUGACGAAAAAUUCAAUCUUAAGCUUAUUGAUUUCGGAGUUUGCGCACUUACAAAUUCUACUCAUAAGACAGUUGUCGGAUCUCAUUUGUAUAUUGCUCCAGAAGUAUAUUUCUCGCAGACAUAUAAUCCAAAGUUAUCGGAUAUCUGGUGUUUGGGAGUAACAAUUUUUGUUAUGAAAACAGCUUGUUUUCCAUGGCCUGAGAUGAACGAGAUGAAAUUAAUGUCCCUUAUUAAGCAGAACUCGAUUCCAAUGCCUCAAGUCAACGUUCCAAUUUUAGAUAAACUAUUAAGAGCAUGUUUAGUCGUUAGCCCCGAAGGACGAUUAAGUGCAGCAGAGCUAUACACUCUUAUUGAAGAAGAUCAAUCCGAUUCAACAUUGGCUUUGCCCAAAAUUAAUCAAUCCACAGUUUAUAAAAGCAGAAGUGAAUUCCAGACUUCUGUUAAGUUGAGCAUCAAAGAUCCUCAGGCAUUCCUCCAUAGACACUCAAAGCCUAUGAUUUUUACUCCAAGCCAGUAUUCUAUGUUUAUUCUCAAGAAGAGGUCGAAACUUUAA